AUGGGCGUGCUGAUUGGCUGGCGUCAGUUGCCCAAUGAGCACGCGCGCGAAGCCCUGACGCCAAGCCCUUCCUCGCCCGGUGUCGACGUCGAACUUCUGACGGGCAUUUGCUACCAGCCGCAGAGCCUCGAGCACGCCCGCAUCUCCACUCCUACGCCUCCCCCGCCGCACAUCGCCACAAUGAGCACCCCGUCCGUCGCCAGCUUCAUCGUCAAGCGCCCCUGGUUGCGCGGGUGGAUCCAGCCGCUCUCCAACUGGUACACUGACCUCGCCGGUCACCGCAAGCUCGGUCUGAGGGCCGAUGACCUGAUUCCCGAGGAGUCUGAGACGGUCCAGCUGGCUCUCAAGCGCCUCCCUCCCAAGGAGGCCUACGACCGUGUCUUCCGCAUGCGUCGCGCUUUCCAGUGCUCGCUCGCGCACCAGCUCCUGCCCAAGGAGCAGCAGACCAAGCCCGAGGAGGACACUCCCUACCUGACCCCCAUCAUCCAGGAGAUCGAGGCCGAGCUUAAGGAGCGUGAGGAUCUGGAGGCUAUGGUCAUCAAGAAGCCGGCAAAGAGGUCGUAA